AUGGCGAAUCCUUGCAUAUCAAGGGAAGAAAUCGCGAAUGAAGCUAUCAAACGCACUUUGAGGUCUCUGCGGAAGCGGCAUUUGAGCGAAGAAGGAGCUCAUGCUUCUGCUUUUGCUGCUCUUUGUAGACCUAUUGUUUCACAGGGCUCUGAAUGGAAAGAGAAAGCAGAGAGUCUUGAAGUGGAACUUCAGCAAUGCUACAAAGCUCAAUCCCGAGUAUCCGAGCAGCUUGUUGUGGAAAUAGCUGAAUCCAGAACUUUGAAAGCUUUGGUUCAAGAGAAAGAAACUGCAACUGCUGAUUUGCAAAAUGAUUUGACUGAAGCAAGGGAUGAGUGCAUGCAAUUGAAAAAGGACUUGGAAGACAAAUGCAAAGCUCUUGAAGUGGUUCUGAGUGAGAAUGCAGAACUUAAAAAACAAUUGGAGCAAAUGACAGUUAGAGCCAAGAAUGCUGAAACUGAAAACAAGACAUUGGUAGAUCGCAUGAUGUUAGAAAAAAUGAAGAACGCUGAACAACUAAAUGAGGCAAACCAACUGUAUGAUGGCAUGAUCAAGCAGCUAAAGGCUAGUGGUUUAGAAAAACUUGCAAGGCAGCAAAUAGAUGGCAUAGUUCGCCGAAGUGAACAAGAUGCCGAUGCCUUUUUACAAUCAAAUAUCCCUUCCACAUGCAAACACAGGCUCCAAGCACAUGAAGGUGGUUGUGCUUCCAUAUUAUUCGAGAACAAUUCUAAUAAGUUGAUUACCGGGGGACAGGAUCGAACAGUUAAAGUGUGGGAUACAGAUUCAGGAUCCUUAAUUUCCAAUCUUUAUGGAUGCCUCGGCUCUGUAUUAGAUCUCACAAUCACCAACGAUAAUAGAUCUGUUAUUGCUGCUAGCAGCUCAAAUAACUUGUAUGCAUGGGAUCUCAGCUCGGGUCGAGUCCAUCAUACCCUUACUGGUCACACAGAUAAAGUCUGUGCUGUUGAUGUCAGCAAGGUUUCCAGCCGUCAUGUUGUCAGCGCAGCUUACGAUCGCACUAUAAAAGUUUGGGACUUGCUUAAAGGUUAUUGCAUUAACACAAUAAUUUUCCACAGCAACUGCAAUGCUCUUUGCUUCAGCAGUGAUGGACAGACCAUAUUUUCCGGACACGUUGACGGAAAUCUUCGAUUAUGGGAUAUUAAAACCGGGAAACUACUCAGUGAGGUCGCGGCACAUUCACUUGCUGUCACGUCAAUAUCUCUCUCGAGAAACGGAAAUGUUGUAUUAACCAGUGGAAGAGACAAUUUACACAAUUUGUUUGACGUGCGAUCUCUAGAAGUUAGCAGCACACUAAAAGCCGCAGGAAAUCGAGUGGCCUCUAACUGGAGUCGCUCGUGCAUUAGUCCGGAUGAUAAACAUGUUGCUGCCGGAUCAUCUGAUGGGUCAGUCUAUGUUUGGUCAGCAUCUAACGGUGAAACAGUCAGCACUCUGAAGGAACAUAAUUCUUCUAUCCUGUGUUGUGCAUGGAGUGGCCUUGGAAGACCCUUAGCUUCAGCUGACAAGAAUGGAGUUGUUUGUAUCUGGACCUAA